UUGUGUGCAGGCCCUGAGGAUGGAAUCUGGCACUCAGGAGAAACCAAGAAAAGGCAGGUAUAGCUGGAAAGGGACGGAAGGACAAGCGGCUGCCAGCAUUUAUUUGGCAGACCUGGAAAAGGAUUCUGGCACUGACCCAGUGCAACAGGCUGUAGUGGAGGGGUUUAAAAGCAGUGUUUUUAAGAGCUGCUAGGGUUUGGAUGGCUCAGACAUGGGUAAGAGCAGGAAGCCAAAGGACCAUCAGGAAGCAACUGGCAUAGUCCAGGCAAGGGAUGAAGGUAGCCUAGAUGAGGAAGGUGGUAGAGGCACGGAGAGAAGGGGUGAGUUAGAGGUAGUUUGUGGAGAUGGAAUCAACAGGCCCUGUGGAUAGACCAGGUCCCGGAUGAGGAAGAGAGUGGGGCUUAGGGGGGCAUGUUUCUGGCCAGAGUACCUGGGUGGGAGGAUGGGCCAUUUCCUGGACUGAGGACAACGGGGAGAGGAGCAUAUUUUGUAAGGAUGGAGUGAAAGUUCCAUUUGACAAACCAGGAAGGUGUUGGAUGGAGAGGUGUGGUGCCCAGAGGAGUGGCCCAGACCGGGACUGGAUAUUUCAGAAUGGCCAGCAGAGACGGUUCUGAGCUCUCUGGGCAGGUUGAGGUUGGGAAGAGGAGGUGGAGAUGACAACACAGGCCAAGGAGAGGCUGAUGGGGGGAAGUGUAGUGUGUGUGUGUGUGUGUGUGUGUGUGUGUGUGUGUGUGUGUGUAUGUGUGUAGGAAAGGGAUCUCCAGAGAAAAUCCAGUGGCCCCGGGAGCUCAGCUUUGUGCUAACUUCCUUCUAGUGAAAUAAAGGACCGUGGUCUGGCGGGAUCAGUCAUCCUUUGGGUACCGAAUCAGGAGGCCUAAGUUUUUGUUCUGGCUCAGCCACAAAUUAUUCAUGAGUCCUGAGAACCACUCUGUCUCCAGGACCCAGUCCCUCCACCCAUAAAAUGUGGUUGUAUAGGUGGUGCUGGUCUUUCCAGCUCCACGUUCUGGCAUGCUUCAGCUGUCAACACUACACAAUGCCUUGUCCUGGAAGGUGGGGCUGGGGCACCCAUACCUCCCAUACCUCCCUUUGGAUAAUACUCUAUGGCCCUUUGCAUGACCCCGCCCACUCCCAGUAGUCCUUCCCCAUUGGGUUCAGGCCACCCCUCAGCUGGGGCGUGCUCUGUGGGCAGUGUGAAUCCUUGGUGGACUCCCUAACACACCUCCCUUGUCUCUUCCAUCUCCAGUCUCCCACCAGCGGAGCAGGAAUAAACUUUCCCGGCUAAGUUAGAUGGAUGGUCCCCAAUAGCCAGGCGGGCGCCCUUCUCCUGCCUCCCCACCAACUCCCCUUAUCAAGGGACGUGACUCUGUGUGUGGGAGGCUGGGAGUUAGAGCAUUUGGGUGGGAACUGGGGUGCCCUGCCCCUCGAGCAGGAAUGGUGCCCCCGGGGAAGAAGCCAGCUGGAGAGGCCUCCAACUCCAAUAAGAAGUGCAAGCGUUACUUCAACGAGCACUGGAAAGAGGAGUUUACCUGGCUGGACUUUGACUAUGAGCGGAAGCUGAUGUUUUGCCUUGAGUGCCGCCAGGCCCUGGUACGGAACAAGCACGGCAAAGCUGAAAACGCCUUCACCGUGGGCACCGACAACUUCCAGCGCCAUGCCUUGCUGCGCCAUGUGACCUCGGGGGCUCACCGCCAGGCUCUGGCCAUGAACCGGGGCCAGCCCACUUUUGAGGGCCAGGCUGAGGGAGGAGGGGCCUCCCCAGGCCUGGCAACCACCCCACCCUCCAGGGGCAUCAAGGUGGACGUGGACCCUGCCAAAGUGGCUGUGUUGACCACGGUGUACUGCAUGGCCAAGGAGGACGUGCCCGACGACCGCUGCUCUGCCCUACUCGAGCUACAAAGGUUCAACUUGUGCCAGGCGCUGCUGGGCACGGAGCGUGGUGAUUACUACAGUCCCAGGAGGGUGAGGGACAUGCAGGUGGCCAUUGCCAGUGUCUUGCACACAGAGGCUUGCCAGUGCCUGAAGGCAUCCCCGUAUGUGGGGCUGGUGUUGGACAAGACCAGAGACUGGCCUGAGUCCCACAGUCUGGCCUUGUUUGCCACGUCGGUGUCACCCUGUGAUGGCCAGCCUGCCACCACCUUCCUGGGCAGUGUGGAGCUACAGGAGGGCGAGGACACUGCUGGCCAACUCCUGGACAUCCUGCAGGCCUUCGGUGUGUCCGCACCCAAGCUAGCCUGGCUCAGCUCAAGCCUCCCCAGGGACUGCCUGGGGAGUGUGGGCCUGCAGCUCCGGGCCACCUGCCCGCUGCUCACGGAGCUGCACUGCCUCCCUGGCCGGCCAGAUCCUGAGCCCCCUGCCUACCUAGGUGAAUAUGAAAGUGUACUGGAUGCCCUCUUCCGCCUCCACGGUGGUCCCAGUUCCCACAUGGUCCCUGAGCUCCGGGCAGCACUGGACCUUGCAGCCAUCGACCUGGCAGGACCACGGCCAGUGCCCUGGGCCUCUUUGCUGCCUGUGGUGGAAGCAGUGGCUGAGGCCUGGCCUGGCCUGGUGCCCACACUGGAGGCCUCUGACCCAGCCUCACCAACAGCUAGGGCACUGGCCCUCGCCCUGCGCCAGUUCACCUUCGUGGCCUUCACCCACCUGCUGCUGGACACUCUGCCCUGCGUGCAGAAGCUCGCCCUUGUCCUGCAGCCGGAAGACCCACACCUGGCCUUGCUGCAGCCGCUGGUGAUGGCAGCGGCGGCCUCCCUCCACGCGCAGCGAAGCUCCGGGGGCGCGCGCCUCCAGGGCUUCCUGCAGGAGCUGGCGUCCUCCAGUCCCGACCUGGGCGGUGAGCGCUGUACCUACCGCGGCCUGGAGUUGGUCGGCUACUCCGAGGCUGCGCUCCGGGACUUGGAGCGGCUGCGGGGGGACUUCUUGGACUCCCUGCAGAAAGGGCUGCGGGACUCCUACCCCGGGCCCUCGCUGGAUGCCGUGGCCGCCUUCUCCGCGAUCUUCGAUGCCCGCCGCUACCCGGACACACCCGAGGGGCUGGGCGCGCACGGCGAGGGGGCGCUGCGGCUGCUGCUGCGCGCCUACGCCCCGGCGGUGGUGCGGCCGCGCGCGCUCCGCGACUUUGCGCUCUUCAAGCGCGUGGUCUGCAGCCUCGGGCGGCUGGGCCCGCGGGCUCUGUGCGCCAGGCUGGCCUGCGCGCACUCGGAGCUGCACGAGCUCUUCCCCGACUUCGCUGCCCUCGCCGCCCUGGCCUUGGCGUUGCCGGCGGGCGCCAGCCUCCUGGACAAGGUCGGCCGCAGCCGGGAGCUGCGGUGGUGGGGGCAGAACGGGGCCGGGGAAGGCCGGGGCGACCCUGUGGUCAAGAUCGCUGUGGAUGGUCCCCCGCUACACGAGUUUGACUUUGCGCUGGCCGUGGAGUUUUUAGAGAGUGGGUGGGGGGAGGGGUUGCUGGGGUCGCAGCUCACGUGAGGGUGGCCUCCUUCCCUCUCUCCAGCCAGCCUGAGGCCCUGGGUCCUCUAAGGGCCAAGCCGGACUUGCCCAGGCUGCAUCCGAGCUGCCGUACUACCUGUGGCCUUCCGUUCACCUUCCCCAUGCUUCUGCUCCACGCUGAGGACUAACCCAGCCGUGUGGGCUGUGGGCUGUGGGCUGUGGAGGGGGGCCUGGGUCAAGGGGGGCCUGGGCAGCGGAGAGAUGCUAGGGUCUGGGGCACCCUAACUAUUGCUCCUGAGCAUUCUAGAGUUUGGUGAGGAGUAGCUCACCCUUUUCCCUUUGGAUUCAUCCCACGUUUUGGCCUUAAAAAUGUUGGGGGUUCUUGUUUGGAGGGAGGAAGGCUGGGGCUCCAGAAUUAAGGGAUUGAGGGAAAGUAGAAUGUGGUCCUUGCCUUUCUCAGCCCCGCUCCUGGCAGCAUCUCUUCUCUUCAGAUACGACCGGAAAGCAGACCAGGGUCCUUGUCUCUGACACAGCACAGCACUCUGUGCACAGCUGACAGUUCAAGGGAGGCGGUGCUGCCCUCCCUGCCCGCCCCACCAAGGCUGCCCGAGGCUUUUAUGUAUAUGACCAUGUGUAUAGACAGAUCAAUCUAUAAAUAGGAAAUAAAUCUAUCCUAUUUUUCAUAAUGUAACACAUAAAUCUAAAAGGACUUCUUUUCGUUUUGCAGUGAUAGGGUCUAAAAAACGUCCCAAAUGAACUGGAUUUGUUACUAAUUUUCUUCUUUUUUGAAGUCUGGUUGUUCUCCCAAGUUCCUUGCCUCAGACCUUUAAGACCAAAGACUGUAAAACCACAGUGUUCCCGACCCCCCACCCCACCUCCACCCCUCAAGGCCUGACCCAGGGAUGCCAAGGGGGGGCUUUGUGCCUCCUGGGGGACACAUCCCUUCAGAUUCCAAGGGUUUCCCAUCCUCUCUGAUAGCCUUUGCUGGGCAUGAUGUGGGGGAAGUGA